UGGCAGUACAAUAAGGGUGUCUCGCUCCGCCGCAGAACGGGUUUUUCUCUCCCGCGAGCGAGAAAGAGAGAGAGAGGGAGCGAGAGAGAGAGCGAGAGAGUGAGAGCAGCGGCAGCAAAAGAACUGAAGAAAUAUCGACGUGUCUAGUUAGCAAACCAAUCUUCAAUCUAGUUUCGAACAGUUGACUGCGAACCGUCGAGUUGAGAGGUCCUACGCCAUUGGAUCAGCGUCGUCGUGUCGAAGCAUCAGUGUAAACUAAUCAAACAAAUCAGAGGAAAUAUAGCAAGAUUCGAGUGUGCAAGGCUUGCCAGUAUUGUCAGUACCGACUUGCAGUGCAGUGACAAAGCCGUCUUGAAAAAACAGUUAAGUGCUAACCCAAACGAAACGAAACUCUCGGAAAAGAAACCAAGUGCCGAGGCGAACCUAAAUGCUCUGCCCUCCAACCAUGCGUCCGGCCAGUCCCGCCGAAUCCGAAAUCUCCGUGGGCGGAGCCCCCAGCCCGCUGCCCACGCAGCACCAUGCGCAUCCGCACUCGCAUCCACAUCCGCUGCAGCAUCCGCGGGCCAGCACCAUUGAUCUGCUGCAGCAGCAACAGCUGCUGAUGCAGCACCAUGCCGCAGCAGCGGCAGCAGCAGCUGCAGCCGCCUCCGGACUCACCCGGAGUGCCGUCGGCAAUCUGCCGGAGGACUACUUCCAUCCGCUGAAGCGCCUGCGCAUGUCCUCGUCCUCCUCGGAGCCACGAGACCACACGCCCAGUCCGCCGUCAGCAGUUCCGGAGCCACAGACCAACCAGACCACCAAGUCGGCCAUCGAGGGGGUCAAGAGCUUCUCCAUCGCGGAUAUUCUGGGUCACUCGGAGAAGCAGCGCGAGGAGUCCGUUUCCCCGCCCCCAAAUGCGAGCCUCCUGGCUCCACCCGCCGCCCGGCCCAUUGCCCCCUCGGGCGGAUUACUGCAGCCACGCACGGAACCGCUGGAUGUCCACCCGGCUGCCGCUGCUGCCAUGCUCCUGCCAAGCGGCCAGAUUGUCCGCCCGUGGGAUCACCUCCUGGGCCCGACCAUGCCCGUCCGCCCCUUCAUCCCCUCCGCCCUGCUGCACUACGAGCAGCGCCUGGCCCUGGACUACCAUCGCCAGCUGCAGGAGCACUUCAACGCCCAGGCCCAGCUCCUCCGCCACAUGGGCAUGAAUCCCGCGAUCAUCGCCUCCGAGGACGGAAGUUCGGAGCGCUCCCAGCGAUCGAGCAGCAGCAAUGGCAGCACCGAAUGCUGCAGCCCACGGCAGGCGGAAAAACUUGAAAAACUAACCACCCAAGAGGCCAGUGAGGAAGCUCAGAAGAAGAAGUCGGAGGAGCAACCAACUGGGUCUGCAAAAUCUAACGGAGACACUCCUCUGGAUGCCCUCUUCCAGAUGACCACCAAGGACUUUGACGAGUCACAAGAUAAAUCCCACUUGGACAUCUUCUCGAACAGGCCGCAGCCGAAGAAGAAGCGCAAGUCGCGCACCGCCUUCACCAACCACCAGAUCUUCGAGCUGGAGAAGCGAUUCCUCUACCAAAAGUACCUGUCGCCAGCCGACCGCGACGAGAUCGCCGCCUCCCUGGGACUGUCCAACGCCCAGGUGAUCACCUGGUUCCAGAACCGCAGGGCCAAGCAGAAGCGGGACAUCGAGGAGCUGAAGAAGGACUUCGAUAGCGUCAAGGUCUUCUCCGCCCACAAGUCCUUCCUGGAGAACGUGAACGACCUGAGCAUCCUGAAGAAGAAGCCCAUGCAUGAGUCAGACAUGGUGGGCCUGGCCGCUGCGGCAGCCGCCGCCGGAAUGGUGGUUCCCGUGCCGGGAUCCGUGCCUAUGGGAGCCGCUCCGCCCAAAUGAGGGCGUGGCCAGGUGCGCACCGAACCGCCAAAGCAACCUGAUGAUUGGUACAGAAAGUGAGCAACGAGGAGUCGAGUAUUUUGUUUAAUUUUGAGCUGAGUGCCGGGAAAGUUGGGAGGCUUCUUUUCGCCCAACCCAUUUCCCCCAGACAUUCGCCGGCCAAAGGAAGAUGCAGGACAUCCUUAACAGCUUCCGAGGCCACAACGCAGAGGGCAAGGGCAACGUUUACUGCCAAGCCCAGAUGGAGACUAACCAGCCAGGACCAAGGCCCUUUGUGGGCCGUGUAAUCAAGCCAGAACAAUCAUAGCCGGAAACGGAAGUGGAAAUGGAACCAGCCAGAACUUGGAUUCGGCUCUACAGCCAGGAUCACAUCGAUUAUAAUCGGCUCUUUU